AUGGCGAAUCACGAGCUGAUGAUGGCAGGGAACCACGAUAUCUCGUUUAGAGAGGAGCAGUUUGUGGAAGCUCGGCAGAACAGUGAACUCUUUCCUACUAAUGACUACAGUUUUGCUUUGGAAACGCUACACGACGAGACCAACCUGCAGAUAGGUGUUCCCCGUGAGCAAAACGAGGUUUGGAAUCACAACCAAGAACACACACUGGCUCUUCAAGACUCAAGGAGUCACAGUGAGGAACAAUGUCUGGAAGGAAAAGAUGAGGUUGAUUCUCAGGAAAACCAAAAUGAAAGCUAUGACCAUGCUUUUGACCUCUCCUUUCCUGAUAACGAUGACUCGGAGACUUCAGAGAAUGAUAAACUAGCUUUGGUUGUUUCUGAGGAUCUCAAUGAUAACUUACAGCUUGGGGUGGGUCAUUGCAUGAAUAUGAGCCUUUCCCAGCAGCUAGAGUUGGCUCCUCCUAUUGUUCAGUGCCGGUCUCUCGUUACAGCUCAUGAUCACAACUUGGCCAUUGGUAUGGAGUUCUCAGAUGUCCUUUCUUGUAGGAGAGCACUGAGAGAUGCAGCAAUUGCCUUACGCUUUGAGAUGCAGACGGUUAAAUCUGAUAAAUCUCGCUUCACUGCAAAGUGCAGUAGCGUCGGUUGCCCUUGGAGGAUUCACUGUGCUAAGCUUCCUGGUGUACCGAACUUUACGAUAAGGACCAUUAACGGGAGUCACACAUGUGGUGGUAUCUCACACCUCGGUCACCACCAAGCUUCGGUUCAGUGGGUUGCUGAGGCUGUGAAAGAAAGGCUGAGAGAAAACCCUCAUUGCAAACCCAAGGAGAUACUGGAGGAGAUUCACCAAGUUCAUGGAAUUACACUAUCAUACAAGCAAGCAUGGAGAGGGAAAGAACGUAUAAUGGCUGCUGUUCGUGGGUCGUUCGAAGAAGACUAUCGCCUGCUUCCUCGGUAUUGUGAGGAAAUUAGAAGAACGAAUCAUGGGAGCAUCGCUGUGGUUCAUGGAAGUCCGGCUGAUGGGACCUUUGAACAGUUAUUUAUCUCCUUUCAGGCAUCGAUCUGGGGGUUUCUCAAUGCUUGUCAGCCUCUCAUUACGUUGGACAAGAUUGUUCUGAAGAGCAAGUAUCUAGGGACACUGCUGCUUGCCACUGGGUUUGAUGGAGAUGGAGCAGUAUUUCCUGUGGCUUUUGCGGUUGUUGCUGAGGGAAACGAUGGUAGCUGGCAGUGGUUCCUCACAGAGUUGCGUCAGCUUCUUGAAGUUAACUCCGAGAACAUGCCGAAGCUGACGAUCUUGUCGAAUAGAGACGCAGCCAUUGUUGAUGGAGUAAAUGCUAAUUUCCCAACGGCGUUUCAUGGCCUCUGUAUCCAUCAGCUCAUAGAAAGCUUCCGUAAGGAUUUCAACGACUCUGAUCUUGUGAACCUUUUCUGGGAAGCAGCGAAAUGUCCCAGCGAGUAUGAGUUUCGUGCGAAAGUCACCGAGAUCUUCCAGAUGUCCCCGGAAGCUGCCAUGUGGGUCAAUAACAUCACUCCCUCUUUAUGGACCGUAUACUGCUUUGGAGGAACACGGUUUGAACAUCUGACUGCAAAUGUUACCGAGUCACUUAACGGUUGGAUUCAAGAAGCCUCAGGUCUUCCGAUUAUCCAGAUGAUGGAGUCUAUCCGACGCCAGCUGAUGACUAUGUUCAACGAACGCCGUGAAGCAAGCAUGCAGUGGGCUGACAUACUAGUUCCAUCUGCUGAGAGACAAGUCCUUGAGGCCAUCGAACAGUCCCGAGCGUUCCAAGUUGACAAAGUAAACGAAGCACAACAGUUCGUGGUCAUCGCCGGUGAAGCGAAAUGGAUAGUGGAUCUUAGAUGUCGUUCAUGUUCUUGCCGUGGGUGGGAGUUGUACGGUUUGCCUUGUAGCCACGCAGUUGCAGCACUCCUCUACCGCAACCUGAUCGUUCGGCGGUACGCAGAGAGUUGCUUCACUGUGGCGAAUUACCGUCGAACUUAUGAAGAAACCAUACAUCCAGUGCCAGACAAAACCUUGUGGGAGAAAACAGAACCUGACGUAGAAAAUGGUGAGGAUGGUGAUGAGAUUGUGAUAAAACCACCGAAGCUGUUGAGGCAAGAGCCACGGCCAAGGAAGAGGAGGAGUCAAGGAGAGGACCGUGGACGUCAAAAGCGGGUGGUUCGAUGUAGCCGGUGCAAUGAGGCUGGCCAUUUCAGAACAACUUGCACAGCUCCUAUAUAG